CACCCGUCUCUUUCUAUCUCUGCUCCGGAAACGAAGACAGGGAAGAGAGGAGACCUCCGGAGCUGCGAGACAGGAAGUAAAGGAGGAGGAAGACCAAGAAGAAUACCGAGAAGGCCAAAGAACGAGAGAAAUAAGAAGCCUUUCACAAACUCCUCCAAAGGAUCCGUCAGCGGUUGGCUCGUGGGAACGAUAGAAAAAAGUUAAAACAUGCAGACAACCAGAACAAGCAGGAGUGGGUCUUCAGAAGGUCCUCUGAGGACAUCUCCAGCCACCCCUAGAUCGAAUCGUCUUCCCAAGGCAGCUGGAUCUGCGAUAGACUCCGCUUCUCCAACACGUCCACCAAUGAAGGCUUUAACUGAUAGAAGUCCUAAGGUUAUUGAGCGUCGAUCACCUAGAACCCCUGUACCUGAGAAGAAACGUCCAAGUAGGAUGGCCGAGUUGGAAUUUCAACUUGUCCAGCUCCAAGAGGAUUUAAAGAAGACAAAAGACCAGCUUAACUCAUCAGAGUCAUCAAAGAAACGAGCAAAGCAGGAAGGAGAAGAGGCCAAGAAGCAGCUCUUGGUCAUGUCUGCAAAACUUGAAGAUUCUCAACGCCAGCUUGUAGAGCUAUCUGAAGCAGAAGAGGCUAGGUUCCAUGAACUCCGCAAAAUCUCUCAGGAACGAGAUCGUGCAUGGCAAUCUGAACUUGAAGCCCUCCAGAAACAGCACUCUGUUGACUCAGCAGCUCUGGCCUCAUCCAUGAAUGAGGUACAGAGGCUGAAGCUGCAGCUUGAAAUGGUCCUCAAAUCUGAGGCUGCCCAAGCCAGGCAAUCUGAAGUAGAAAAUUCUGAGCUUCAGGCCUUGAAACAAGAUAUGGAGGAGGCCAUCUCCAUCAUUGCAAACCUAAAAGUUCAGCUUAGAGAUAGUGAAAAGGCAGAAGCUGAUGCAAAAGCAACAGUUAUUGAGACAAAACAGCAUUUGGAAACAGCUAGAAUGACUAUAGAGAAUCUCCUUACUGGUGGGUCAAAAUUCAUGGAUUCUUUCAGCUUAGUGGCUUCUGAACUGGAGGAGUCCAGAGCUCGAGUGAAGUCGCUUGAAGAAGUUGUGAGAAAAUUGCAGGAAGGUCACUCUCAUGCUUGUAGCGAAUCUUUGGUGCAUUAUAAUGGUGAUUGCUAUGGUCCACAGAAAAUCAGGUGCAACUCCCUGGAGUUGGAAAUAGAACAGUUGAGAUCAGCCCUCGAGGCAGCUGAGAUGAAAUACCAGGAAGAACAGAUACAGCGGAUAGUGCAGACACAGCAUGUUUAUGAAUUGAUGGAGCAAAUGCAGAUCGACACUAGAGUAAGAGAAACCGAGUUUGAAUCAGCAUCGAACAAUUCAAAAUCAGAGAUUAUUGUAUUGAAGGCUAUUCUAUAUGACAAGGAAGCAGAACUUCGAAGCUUAUCGGAUAUGAACAAGAAGCUGCAUGAGGAGUUACAAAAGGGAAGAACAGACCAAAUGGAAUCUGAAUUGGGCCUAAAGCUAAAACAGUUGAUUGCUGACAUCACGGAUUUGAAGGCGGAUCUAAUGGAUAAGGAGACAGCCCUUCAGAGCAUUUCAGAAGAGAAUGAACAACUGAAAUCUGAGACGAGGACGAGAGAAAUGGAGCGCCAUAAAGCUUAUGAAGCAGCAAUAGCUGAGGUUGAGUUGGCCAGAUCUGCGGAGAAGGAGGCAUUGACAAGGCUCGGACUUGUUACCGAGGAGGCAGAUAAAAACAGCAGGAUGGCCACAAGUGUAGCCGAGCAGUUGGAUGCAGUGCAAGCAAUGAAAUCAGAAAUGGAAGCUGAGCUAAGGAGGCUGAAGGUGCAAGCGGAGCAGUGGCGGAAGGCGGCUGAAGCUGCCAUGGCUGUGCUUACAGCUAGCAACAAUGGGAGGUUGUUGGAGAGGACAGGCUCUUUGGAUUUUGAGUGCAAUUCUGUUGAUGAGAAGUUGAUGAGCUCGCCAUUUUCUGAUGACCUGGACGAUGAAUCUCCAAGGAAGAAGAACAAUAAUAUGCUAAGGAGAAUCAGCGGAUUGUGGAAGAAGGGCCAGAAGCUAUCUUUAAGCUGAGAGUUUUCCAUUGGGUGAUCCAUGCGAAUGAAAGGGCAGCGGCAAUACAUCUAGAGAAAGGUGAUAAUAGGUAUAACUCCAGCUUGCUCUCUCUCUCUCUCUCUCUCUGCUCUAAUGCAAACCUUGCUGUUUUACUUGCUAGUAUUCCAGACACCGUGAUUGUAUAAAUGAUUCCCAAUUUUCCUUGGAGUACAUAUUUUUUGCUAAGUGAACUUGUAGGUACUUGAUUUGCUCAAAAAAUAUAGAGAUACUUUAUUGCAUUGUGAGAAUCUGGCAUUAGUCAGAAAUUUCUUUUA